UGCCACGCGGGUUGUAUGUAGAGAUUAACUGUCGCUUAUUGUUGCGAAGGCCUUGGGAACGUGGAAGGCGGCGCUUCGUAACCUCGCGAGUUGUUUGGCAAUCUUUCUGCUGUAGAAAGUGACGAUGAACGAGAAUCUAUUCUAAAAAGUUGACCUUUCCCUGCACAUGCUUGUAAUAAUCGAUGUGGAGCACUUAGUACUUGCCAUAUUGCGUGGUUUUGUUUUUGGAGCCGGUUAAAUUGUGUUCUCGCCCCAAGCUCUGUAUCUCAUGCUUGUUAAAGUACAGAGGACUAGUCUUGUAAAGGUUAAUGGGUUAUGGGCGACGUAGUCUCGUUUAUACUACUUUAGCUUUAUGGCACGUUUAGUUUGACAUGCAUUACUGUUGUCUGGGGCUAGUACACAAGAUCACUAUGAAUGGGCUCCCGGAAUGGAAAAAGAAUUGAGAAAGGAAGCGAAUUUGUGAUAUGACAAAGUGUUCAUAGUAGUUACGGGACAUAUGUAUAGAAAUGAAUUGGGGGUGUUCUAGUCUUUAGAGAGCCAAAUAAAAGAUAAGGGAACUUGUUUAGAAGUAUAUGAGCAAGCCGGGUAUAGGUUCCAGAACCUAUCAAAUUUUGUUGAGAAAUGUAGUGUUAGAAAGUGCGUAGUAUGCUCCCGGGGUGGUAUUCUUUGUCGUGAACGAUCUAGCCAAUGCUCAUGACUCAUGAAUGAGCCUUCCUGCUGUCCGUCAAAUGCAUUGUCGAGUGACACCGAUAAGCAGUUCUAGUGACUAGUCCUCCUUCAUUUAUACAGCAGCAUCAGGGAAGAUUAUGCAAAAUAUAUUUAUAGCAAAGCAAUACCAAAAGAAUAGCCAGUUUGUCAAUCGAUACCGAAUGGGCUGUUCUUCACCUUAUAUGAGCAGCAUGCUUCCCUUUCAAGGAGGGAAGUUUGCAUGGGAUGGCACCACUUCCAUGCAAUUGGUCAACGUAUCAAAAUACCAGAGAACUUCUGUAAACCGAGGACUUGUACUCUGCAACGGUCUGUUCUAGACUCUCAAUAUCCAGGUUCUGCUCCAUCUGCUGCUGCUGCAGUACCAGCUUUAGAGAGAGCUGAUUUUUUGAAGCUUCAAAAUGGCAGUGAUAUCCGAGGUGUGGCUGUUGCUGGUGUGGAAGGAGAGCCUGUCACUCUGACUGAACCAGUCACCGAGGCAAUUGCAGCUGCUUUUGCUGCAUGGUUGAAGGAUAAGAAGAAAGAGGUGACACCAAGACGGUUGAGUAUUUCCAUUGGCCAUGACUCACGAAUCUCUGCACAGACAUUGCUGGAUGCAGUUUCUCGAGGAAUGUCCAGUAUGGGAGUGGAUGUCAUUCAAUAUGGCCUAGCAUCUACACCAGCAAUGUUUAACAGCACACUCACAGAAGAUGAUGCAAUUCUAUGUCCAGUUGAUGGAUCCAUCAUGAUUACAGCUAGUCAUCUUCCUUACAAUCGCAACGGGUUCAAAUUCUUUACAAGUGCUGGAGGGCUUGGGAAAGCUGACAUUAAAGACAUCUUGGAGCGUGCUGCAGAUAUAUUUAAGAACAGUAGUGUUGAAGCUUUAAUGGAUGCAAGAAAUAAAGCUUCUGCAUCAGUCAAAAGAGUUGAUUACAUGACUGUUUAUACAUCUGACCUUGUUAAGGCAGUGCGCAGAGCUGCCGGAAAUAUAGAGAAGCCAUUGGAGGGGUUUCAUAUUGUGGUUGAUGCUGGAAAUGGAGCAGGAGGUUUCUUUGCUGCAAAGGUGCUCGAACCUCUUGGGGCAAUUACUUCCGGUAGUCAAUUCUUGGAGCCAGAUGGUUUGUUUCCGAACCAUAUUCCAAAUCCGGAGGAUAAGGUAGCCAUGAAAGCUAUUACUCAGGCUGUCCUGGAUAACAAGGCUGAUUUGGGGAUUAUUUUUGACACAGAUGUAGACAGAUCUGCUGCUGUGGAUUCGACUGGUCGGGAGUUCAACCGGAAUCGUCUGAUUGCAUUACUGUCUGCCAUUGUUCUUGAAGAACAUCCGAGAACUACUAUAGUGACAGACAGUGUGACUUCUGAUGGGUUGACAACUUUCAUCGAGAACAAACUUGGGGGAAAGCACCACAGGUUCAAAAGAGGCUACAAAAAUGUCAUUGAUGAAGCUAUACGCCUGAACUCUACUGGUGAGGAGUCUCAUCUGGCUAUCGAGACCAGUGGUCAUGGAGCUCUUAAGGAGAAUCAUUGGCUCGAUGAUGGGGCAUACCUCAUGGUCAAAGUUCUCAACAAACUUGCUUCAGCUCGAGCUUCAGGAGCAGGUAGCGGCAGCAGAGUCUUGACAGAUCUGGUAGAGGGUCUAGAAGAAGCAGCUGUUGCUGUAGAAUUGAGAUUGAAGAUCAACCAGAGUCAUCCAGACUUAAAGGGAGAAUCUUUCCGAGACUAUGGAGAGGCAGUGUUGAAGCAUUUGGACAACUCUAUUGAUUUAGAGCCAAAUCUUCAGAAAGCUCCAGUAAAUUAUGAAGGGGUCCGGGUGUCCGGGUUCGGAGGAUGGUUCCUUCUGAGGCUCUCGCUCCAUGAUCCUGUUCUUCCUCUUAACAUUGAGGCACCAACUCAUGAUGACGCCGUAAAACUUGGACUCAUGGUGCUUGCGGCUGUGAAGGAGUUUGCGGCUUUGGAUACAUCCGCAUUAGACAAGUUUGUUCAAGUAUCAUGAGCAGAUGAUCCAGAGCGCUUUGGUACAAGUAUCUUUUGGCACAUUAUACUGGCAGUUAAAGUCGGCUUUGGCAUCUACUUCUGUAAGGUACGUCAAAUCAGUGCGUCGUCUCUGAUUCUGAGGAUGGUUCAUUUUUCUGACGGUUUUAGUCACAGGUACUCGAAAUACUGGUCGAUGGCCAUGUUACUUUAGUUUUUACUUAUGUUCCAUGUGUAAUGCUACUAAGCUGUUCUGAUAAAUAAGAAAAGUUCUUCGACGA